CGAUAGGAACAACAAAGAUGGCGAUUCAGCUCGGUGUACCUGGACGUGAUAUGAAUAGUUAAACGUCCUGUAGAUGAGCUAAAGAAACGACAUUCCGCAUAGCACUGCAGAAAAAGUACCAGAGGACUUGAACUACACCACUCUGCUCUAUCUACGCCGGUAUACUAGCAGACAUUAUGCCGUCUCCUAAAGCCAAAAACCCGGCUCGUAGCGGAGGCAGCCCGGUGCUCGGCAGCUCCAACGGGCGCUACGAGUUCAUUUCCUUGACGAAGCCGCUGAACCGGUCCUCCCCGUCGCACCUGCUCCAGCGCCAGGGCUCCGACCCGACCGCCGCCCGGCUCCGAGCCUCGGAGAGCCCUACCCGGCGCAGGGGCUCCAGCUCCUCCACGGGCAGCGGACAGGGGCUGCCAGAGGAGGACGGCAUACGGCUCAACCCGUCCUUCAUCCGCGUGGCGCUCAGUUCGCUGCUGGCCAUCGACCUGUGGAUGUCCAAGCGGCUGGGGGUGUGCGCCUGUGAGGACUCGUCCUGGGGCAGUGUUCGGCCGCUGAUGAAACUCCUAGAGAUCUCAGGACAUGGCAUCCCGUGGCUGGCUGGAACUGCCUACUGUCUGUAUAAGAGUGACAGCGCUGCGGGGCAAGAAGUCAUGCUCAACCUCUUCAUGGGGCUGCUGGUGGACCUGGUCCUGGUUACCAUUGUAAAGGCGGUGGUGCGUCGCCGCCGACCGGCACAUAACCGCAUGGACAUGUUUGCCACCUUUUCUGUUGACCGUUACUCCUUCCCAUCAGGCCACUCCACCCGGGCCGCCUUGUGUGGACGGUUCCUGCUGGCUCACCUGGUGCUGGCUGCUCCGCUGAGGGUCCUGGUCCAGCUGUGGGUCGGCCUGGUGGGCCUGAGCCGGGUGCUGCUGGGCAGACACAAUGUGACUGACGUGUUGUUUGGGUUCUGGAUGGGCUACUGCCAGUACAAUCUGGUGGAGAUGCUGUGGCUGUCCCCACAGAUGCUGCAGGGGCUGCUGGGACAGUUAGUUUAACAUGUAGAGGAACGUUUGGGACUGGGGAAGAAGGGGAUUUGUAAUUAUCGAUUGUAGGAGUCCCUGUGAACUUUUUUCUUUUAGACAGAAAGUCUAUAAUUAACGAGAGAAGAGAGCUCUAACACACAAGAUUUCUGUUUCUUUUAUGAACUCAUGCUAACUCAAGCGUGACAACGAUGCAUGUAAGAAAUGCUAGAUUUUAGUGUAAUCACCAUAGACCAGAGAAAAACACAUUGGUGCAGCUCACCAAAUGCAACCACCUCUCCUAUUUGGACAGGAAAAGUAUUUAAUUUUUUUGAAGAUAAUAAAGUAACUUAAUUAUUAACUGUCCAUGGGCAGUCUCACUAGAAAAUACCCUAAAUAAUGCAAAAUGAAUGAAAUAAUACUUAAAAUAUGCAUAAUAAUUCAUAAGCAAGUACCAAGCAGUUUUUAGGCUGGAGGGGAGUUAAUAUUCCCUGUCAUCCAGUUUUAUUGUAGUUCACCCUCUACCUUCAGAGAUCGAUCUGGUAGAGUAUUAAAAGUAGAUCCACGUUAACACACAUAAACACAAAUUUGUUUUGCUGUGUCAUCCAAAUUCAUGGGAUUGCUCCUCUUUCAUUUAUAAUCAACCAAAUCCUAUUAAGAAUCACUAAUUACUAAUCAACUCCCGAUUAAUUAUUUGUAUGUGAUCCUAUUAUUAUCAUCAAUACUUACUGGCAUCAUUUACUGACUGUAUGUAUAUUUUAAGUAGAAUCUCAUUUCAUCUGUUGUGAGUCUUUGCGUAAUAUUUGGCAUUUCAACAAACCAUUACUGUUUCUCAAAUGCAUAUUUAUUACUGUGAUGAAGACAAAAAAAAUAAUGUUCCUAAAAAUGGGGGGUUUAAGACUCAGAUUAUUUUCUAACUAACUUAUAGCAUGCAUAAAUAAGUGUGUGGAGUCCUCUUCUCUGUGAACGUCUGGUGAAUUUAAAUGGUGUAACAGGGCUGAAGUCUUUGUCCAGGACUAAGUAAACUGUAUAGAGCAGUCAUCUGUAGGAGGGAGGAUGGCUACAUAUAGAACGGAAGAUAACGCAGGUUUGUGUAGUGGGCCAUGUACGAGAGCGGUCUUGCACAACUACACACACCGAAGUUCAAACAAGUUCAGAGUGAAGAUAAGGUUAACACUGAGUGCACGUAAGGACAUAAGGAAUAAAGAUUCCAUUGUGGGACCAGUUUUUGGAGUAUUGGAUGUAUCUGAUCCAAAUGUGAACCUGGAGUUUGGCUGAGGACAUCGACAGCAGGGCUUCACAUUCCUUAAAUACACAACGGGUUUGUGCCUGUUGUUUGGCUUUGAGUGAAAACAUGAGAAGGAGGAAGAACUGUCUUUUUAUUAAAUGAUCUGACGUAGUUCAGUAGUGGCAGAGCUCAUAUAAGUUACACAUGAUUGCACUUGAAAGGUAAUGGAUCAUAGUUUUGUCCUUUUUUUUUGUGGUAUGCAGUAAAUGCACAUGGAAUAAGACAAGGUGAAAAUUGUUUUGACUUAAAGCUUUGCACUGUGACAGUAAUUCUAAAGAAACGGUCAUUGCACAUAGAUUUAGAGGACAUUUUUGAAACCUUUGCACCAGAAUCUAACAGUACACAGACCAUGAUCCAUCCGUGAUUUAGGAGCAUUUUGGUUGUUUAAUUUGUUAUGCAAUGACCCAGAGGACUGUCUCAUUUUUUUAUCAAACAGAGAUCAGAACUGCAUUAGUGGUUUCGCAACCCUCUACUACGUGCAGAAAAAAUAAAGAUGCGUACAGAGGGUGCUUUGCAAAAGUAAACAGACAUAUUGAUAAAUAAUUAUUGGGUAGAUUUAAGUUGUUAAUUUUCAUAUUUUUUGGAUAUUUUCACUCGUCCUCUCAUUCUCAGUUCAUUCAUAAAGGCAAUAAUCUGUAAUGGGAUCACAGCCACAUGUCGCAAUUACUCCCACAGUUUAUGUAACAUCGAAGGAUUCCCGCGAACCUGCUGAAAUAGUCAGUUUCCUGUAGAUCUGGGUCAUGUUACAUUUUGUGUAAAUAAGUGGCAGUGGACUCAUUCAUCCUGAUCUGCACUCACGUCCUGUUUCUGUCUGGGUAGUAGAUGUGAACGAUUGGUCAGUUCUUGAGAGCUGAAGGCCAGAGUUAGUGGAACAUGUUGCAUUUCCUAGAAGCAUCAUGUUUGAUAAAUAAUCCAUAUCCAUGCUCUGACCCAGUGACUGGAGGCAGAGGCAGCACCGAGGGCCAAAACUUUAGAUGACACCACUGAUGAGAUGUUGUAAGAUAGAUACGUGUUAAACAUCAGCUGCGUUUGUCAGUGCAGACUGUUGACCAGAACAUGGACCCUCUGGGUUGGAGUAAAUGAAAAACUAUGAAAACAUUUAUGGUUAUUGUCUGACGUUACUCACUGUAUUCAUUUUGAUGCAUGUGCAGCAGCAGCCUCAUUUUAGCACUGCCACAAACUACAAGAUGUUCAUCUGCAGCUGCACUCUGAUUUCUAUGUUUAUUGAUGCAUUUUAUUAUGACAACAGUUUACCCUUAUAUUCAGACAGUUGGACAUAAUGGUGUUUGUGUUUUUUUUUUUUUUUUUUCAGUUAAGUCCAAAUGAAUGUACUGCUCUAAUAUGUGUGUGUUUGUAGUCUUUUUUUCCAAUCUUGUACUUUUUUUUUUUUUUUCUCUAGUGCCACCACUUGUGGACUUUUUUGAUUGCGGAGGGAUAAAGAUAGGUUAAUGUCCAAAGUGUGGCUGGGUCAGAAGGGUUUUAUUGACUGUGCAGUGGAGACGGACGGACACAACAAACAGGCACAUGAUUCUGUCUCAGUAGAUUGAGAGUCUGGUCAGAAAUAUAUACAGGUUCACAUGAAGUAAAAUCCAUCUUCUAAAUGUAAAAACCAUCACCUCAACUAGUGUAUUCUAUGCUCACCCAGAAGGCAGGACUCUUAUUAACUGUUUGGGUCAAUUAGUAUCGGCUCCAUACACCCAGUUUCAUGGAAAGUGAUAAAUCUGUUCGAUAAGAUUUACAGAGACAAUGUUACAAAGCAUGUAGAUGUGGUUUCACUGAUUUGUAACCACAGAAGAUGAAUAAAUAGAUAAGGCUGCCCUGGAAUGUUUACACAGUGUCUCAAUUGUGCAGAUUUGUCAAAACUGGAUCCUGAUAUCAGGUUUGAGUUGAUCCUAAGUGAACAAACAGUCCCCAUUAGACUGCAGAUGUAUAGUUUCAUUGACCUCUUACAUGCUGUGUCCUCUUUUUGCAAUAAGUGACCAAUGAUCUUCACGGUGCAAGUGACCAACAAGUGUGGUGGAAGAAUUUGAUUUAAUGUUUCUUUCUUUCUCUGUGACCAAUCUUAAUAUGCUGGAUUGUGAGUUCUGCGACCAAAUGAUGUGUGUGAUUUUGGUUAUCUUGAUAAGAAGAAAAAGACUUAACACAGUAGUAUAGACAUCCAAUAUCUGUGUACUGGGAAUUGAUUUUGCACAUUCCUCACACCAUCUGCUUUCUCCCAGGU